CGAGAGAGCCUGGCUGGGCUUUCCGUGGAGCCGGUCGGCGCCAUGGCGCCUGCCUCUACCUCUCGCAGCCCGGAGGAUACCCCAGGUUCCCGGAGACGGCGUCACGGAGGUAGCGGUGGCGGACACUCAGCUACAGCAUCUGGAGGAGGCGGCGGCCGCCGAAGCUCCUCCAAGAGCCCUCCAGCCACCAAAGCCAUCCGCUCGCCCCGGGGCCGCUCUCGUUCUCGUUCCAGAGAGCGCAACGGCUUUCGACAGUCGUCGUCCUUCUCAGAGCCGGGAGGCCCAGGCCGUAGCCGUCGCAGCCCUAGCCGGACCCACGGCCGCGACCGAGAGCGGCUUCCUGAUAUGCGUGGCUCCUCGUCCUCAUCUUCUGCCCACUACCAUCAUCACUACCACUACCAUCACCAUGGGGGCGACAGGCAAUGGCCAGAUUACUACGAGAAGGAGAAGGAGGAGAGCCUGCGCCAGAGGAGGUUAAAUGAGCGGGAGCGGAUCGGGGAGCUCGGAGCUCCGGAGGUGUGGGGGCUUUCCCCUAAGAUUCCUGAACCUGAUUCUGAUGAACACACCCCUGUAGAGGAGGAGGAUUCAAAGUCCAAGAAAAGUGCUUCAAGUUCCAGUUCUGAAGAAGAAAAGAAGAAGAGGAAGAAGAAAACGAAUCGCUCCAAAGAAAAUGCUCAGAGGAAAAGAAAGAAAAAAACGUCCAAAAGAAAACAUAAAAAAUAUUCUGAGGACAGUGACUCUGACUCUGAUUCUGACUCUGAUUCCAGCAGUGAAGAAGAGAGAAAAAAGGCAAAGAAAGCAAAGAAGAAAAAGAAGAAGAAACACAAAGUGAAAAGGUCCAAAAAGAAGAAAUAUAAAAAAGAAUCUACUGAGUCAAGCUCUGAUGUCUCUGAUGAAGAGCUCCCAGAAGAUGAUCUCUGGAUUGAGAGAUCAAAAAAUGCAGAAGCUAUGGAUUUAAUUGGGCCAGAAGCGCCAGUGACACAUGCCUCUCAAGAUGAUAGACCUUUGAACUAUGGACAUGCUCUGUUGCCUGGGGAAGGUGCAGCUAUGGCUGAGUAUGUCAAAGCUGGAAAGCGAAUCCCUCGAAGAGGAGAAAUUGGCCUGACAAGUGAAGAGAUUGCUUCCUUUGAAUGUUCAGGCUAUGUAAUGAGCGGUAGUAGACACCGAAGAAUGGAAGCUGUGCGACUUCGAAAAGAAAACCAGAUCUACAGCGCUGAUGAGAAGCGAGCUCUAGCAUCCUUUAACCAAGAAGAGAGAAGGAAGAGAGAAAAUAAGAUUCUAGCUAGUUUUCGAGAAAUGGUGUAUAGAAAGACAAAGGGAAAAGAUGACAAAUAAGGACUUUUGUCAGUUAUGCAACUAAAAAUGUUGAAAGUAUCUUUACAACCUUAUCUUUUUUUCUAUUGAAAUAUAAACAAAGUUUAUGAUGCA